UCACGUGACGUGCAUUAUCCCGGAAGCGGAAGUGCCGACCAGCUGGCGUGACUUCCUGUUGUCAUGUGAUAGAGUAGAAUUGUUGGUUCUCACCGAGCUGCCCCGAGCGGACAUGGGCUGCUGCUACAGCGGGGAGUCGGACAGCGGCAAGGGGGACCAGGGAGAGAGACAACACUUGUUACCCCCCAACGAGACUCUUCCCAACCGGACCCCAAAUGGAUCCGAACCCAACUCUACCAACAACCCGUCUGCCCGGACGGAUGAGCAGGCGCUGCUGUCACGUAUCCUGGCCAGGACGGCGCAGAACAUUAUUGAUGUAUCGGCUGUAGAGUCCCAGGGGAUGGAACAGCACGAAUGUAUGGACCGGGCGAGACAGUAUAGCACAAAACUAGCAAAACUCGGCACUAACCUGAUGCACUGGAGGAAGGUGCCCCCUCUGCCCUCACUCACUGCCCAGCCGCACCAAAUACUCGCCAGCGACCCCGUCUCUUAUGCAGAUAUACAGCAGGUUUCAAAGAUAGCAGCUUACGCCUUCAGUGCACUUUCCCAGAUCCGCGUGGACGCCAAAGAGGAUCUGGUUGUACAGUUUGGGAUUCCUUAGGAUGUCAGCGCCCCGUCACCCCCAUUAUUUCGCUCUCCUCUUCUCUCCUCCCCCCACCAUACACUCGCACUAACUCUCGCUAGGUCUGUCCGUGUUGUCUCUGGGACCCCCCCUCUUUUUGCCGAUUUUGGUGGUUGUAGUGGGAGGGGCUAAUUUCACAAUUUCCGGUUCACUGUCUGUCCCCCGUUGAAUUUUGGUCAAGGUAACGGAUCGCUAUGUACGAUACACGGCUUCAUGUCGUCGGUCUUUUCACCGCACACGUCAGCGGCGAUCCUACUCUGUAGAUCACUCCCCAUGACACCCCCCCCCCCCCCCAUACUUCUCCUAGCACAGAUCUAUGCAGGGACAUUUAUAUUGUGUGGACCUGCAAGUCCCAUAAGCACUUGUAGUACCUCCCCUCGUGGGCAGUGCUGGCGACCAUAUUUGAUUAAUUUUUUUAUUUAUUUUUUUUCUUUCUACCAAUCAACUUCUGUUCAUAAUGACUUCCUCUAAUACCAGGCAUGUGAUGCGUGAUCCUAGCGUCUGCCGGGGACGUGGCUAACACACGGUUGUUACAUGAGUAGACCGGAUACGUUGUGUCCUUCUAUCAUGUAAUUGUAACAAAUCAAUGUAAAAUAUCAGUAAUUUGCGUUUGGCCCCCCGUUUUACACUUUUCUUUUUUUUUAAACUCCCAACUCUGUAGAUUAAACGUGUUCCUCAAUGA